AUGGCUGGCAUUAAAUCGUUCUUCUUGGCACAAUCGUUGCUCUGGGCCCUAGCCGCCGCUGAUGCAUCAAACCUGAACCCUGAUGGUGAGGGCUGUGUCGACCCGAGUGGAUAUCUCCAGUGUUAUGAGAAUAACGUGAACACACUUACGACUUGCAUGACUGAUGCGAAAAACGAUUGCGAGGGAGAUGUCUAUUCAACAUGUGUGUUGGCUUGUGGCAAUGCACAGUUGGCUGCCAAUAUCGGCUGCUGGUUGACCAGCUGUUGGAACGAGGUCUACUCAUGCGCAUACCAAGAAACGGCCCUGCAAUACCUCAAUGGCGCCGACCGGACACAGGGCGACCAAAUCCCUUACUAUCCUGCUCCAGAUAACGCGCCUGGUGGAUGCGUGUGCAACUUGGGUUACCUUUGGGGCAAUUUCACUGAAAGCUAUGCCCUCAACGCGCCCUGUCUGGAUUUCGCCAGCGAUGGCUCCGUUGCCGAGACGGCCAGCUGCCAGUGCUGCUGGGAUUCAUCCUUCCUGUCCGAGUAA